AUGUUGCGAUGCUAUUCAACACUGCUGUACAACGCAAGAUGCUCAUCGACGACGACAAAUCCGCUAAUAAAGAAGAUCGAUCGAGUGCUGAUCGCUAAUCGAGGAGAGAUUGCCAUUCGCGUGAUGAAAACGGCCAGAAAAAUGGGAAUUGAAUCGGUGGCCGUAUUCAGUGAUGCAGAUCGAGGAGCGCUUUUUGUGAGAAAAGCGGACAAGGCUUUUCACAUUGGUCCAGCUCAAGCCUCGCAAAGCUACCUUAAUGUGGAUAAAGUUAUCGAAACGGCACUAAAAGCUGGAGCACAGGGAAUUCAUCCCGGUUAUGGAUUUCUUUCGGAGAAUGCUGGUUUCGCCGAUCGCUGCGCUGAAGCAGGCCUUGUUUUUAUUGGACCACCCUCAAAGGCCAUUCGAGAUAUGGGUACAAAGAGUCUUGCGAAACAAAUUAUGCAGGAUGCAAAUGUGCCAGUUGUUGAAGGUUUCCAUGGAAAGGAUCAAUCAGACGCCAAUCUCAAGAAGCACGCUAAAAAAAUAGGUUACCCUGUAAUGCUAAAGGCCGUUUAUGGUGGUGGUGGAAAAGGGAUGCGAAUUGCAUGGAAAGAAGAGGAUUUUGAUGAGGCGGUUGCAUCAGCCAGAAACGAAGCCAAGAAAUCUUUUGGGAACGAUGACAUGUUGGUUGAGAAAUUUGUUGAAAGGCCACGACAUGUUGAAGUUCAAGUUUUUGGAGACCACCACAAUAAUCACGUGUACCUCUGGGAAAGAGAUUGCUCAGUGCAAAGAAGACAUCAAAAGAUCAUUGAAGAAGCCCCAGCACCAAAUAUUUCUAUGGAAACGCGGGUGCGCUUGGGAGAAUCAGCAGUAAGAGCAGCAGCCGCGGUUGGCUAUGUUGGUGCGGGCACCGUCGAAUUCAUCAUGGACCCACGAGGAGAUUUCUAUUUCAUGGAAAUGAAUACCCGACUUCAAGUUGAACAUCCAGUAUCAGAAGCUAUCACAGGAACGGAUCUUGUUGAGUGGCAAUUACGAGUAGCACAAGGAGAGGAAAUUCCGCUAAAACAGAAGGACAUUCCUCUGAAAGGACACGCAUUCGAAUGUCGUGUUUAUGCCGAGGAUACGAGAAAAGGAGCCUUUAUGCCAACAGCUGGCAAACUUGACUACGUUGAAUUUCCCACCGAUGCCCGAGUCGAUACAGGAGUUGUGACUGGUGACGAAGUCUCGGUUCAUUAUGAUCCAAUGAUUGCCAAGGUGAUUGUUUGGGGAAAAGAUCGAGUUGAAGCCUCUGCAAAGCUUGACCGUGCCCUGAAAAACACGAGGAUUGCUGGCCUACCAACCAAUAUUGAUUUUGUUAGGACGGUUCUUCAACAUCCAGAAUUCAUCAAGGGAAAUGUCUACACUGACUUUAUCCCAGACUUCCAAAAAGACUUAUUCCAUGAACGAGAAGCAUCAUUUGAACAGAUUGUUGAAUCGGUUAUCGGGCAACAUCUAGCUGAACGACCAAUUAGCAAGCCAUCAGGGCCUUUCCAGGCGCUAAACGAUUUUCGACUAAAUGCCAAUUUGCGAAGGAGUUACAAGGUUGAAGACAAAGAGGUUCAACUCGAAAUUGUCGACAAGGAUAGCUUCAUUCUUAACAUUGAUGGAAAACCUGUUGAAGCAAAAGUUUACAAUUUGACACAAGAUGGACAUAAAACUACAUUUACGGUGGAGGCUGACGGAAGAAGAUGGCUGGCGGAGACUGUACAAACUGAGCAGAGUAUUUUGGUUUACGGAGCUGGUGAGGCCCAGCAUCAAAGACAGCCGUCGGCGUUGCUCACUGGGGCUGGGUCUGGUGCUUCGUUGGGUGAUGCUGUGGCUCCGAUGCCCGGAAUUAUCGAAAAGGUACUGGUAAACGCCGGCGACAAAGUUACGCAAGGACAAGCGCUGGUUGUUAUGGUGGCAAUGAAAAUGGAAUACAUUAUCAGAGCUUCAAAGGAUGCUAUCGUUGAAUCGAUAUCGUGCGCUCCCGGAAAGAAUGUGGCGAAAAACACGGUGCUCGUCCACUUCAAGGAACAACAA